AUUAAUAGGCAGCGACUGCAACGCGCCCCCUGGCGGCUGAGCUCAACCCACAGGAAGACGGAAGCGAAUGCCGAGCGCUUGCAAACUCAUCGCUUGAAUCACCGACCGAGGAGGGUGCAAGGGCAUGAGCCAAGAUCUCGGGACUAUGAUUUCUGUGGAUAGCUCAUAAACCGUCAGUGUAUUACAUCUUCACAUCCACUCAGCGCUACUGCAAAUCUUACAUCAACGUUUGACGCCUCUUCAUCCACACAGACGGGAACAGAAUGGCAUCGAUUUUGCUCACCAGAUCUCGGACUCCUUUACUGAAAACAUCCAGGUCAUUAAAGCACGAAUUCAGAAAAGGAAAGUUAUCAGAAAGCACAUGCUUUAACUGCACUGCACUGCGGUUAGCCACAAACAGCAGUCCUGGUGUUCUUGGAGGCAGUGUCUGGACUCAUGCAUCAUCGGUCCUGUACCUUGACAACUCAUCAGCACUUCAGCGCCGCUUGUCCAGGUCACCUCGUCUAUACUGUGCCAUCUUAGUACCUGACCUUGCCCUGCCUAUCCACACCCACUCCACGUACCCCAGGACGUUAGCCUGGCCACAGAGCACCCCAGUCCGGUGGGUGCAUACUACAGGCCGUCUCCAUGAUGAUUCGAAGGUAGAGCGUUCUUUACGUUCACUGAAGGAUCGGAAUAUAAAGCUUGAGGAGGGUGGACCGGUGUACAGCCCAACCGUAGAUGCCGAACCUAUGAGACGGACAAUACGUCAGCGUGUGAUUGAUGAGGUGAAGCAUUACUAUCACGGGUUCCGCCUACUAUGGAUGGAUACGACUAUUGCAGUGCGGAUGCUCUGGAGGGUGCUGAAUGGACACAUUCUGUCACGCCGAGAGAGGAGACAGUUCCUGAGGACGUGUGCAGAUGUCUUCCGGCUUCUGCCCUUUCUGGUCUUUAUCAUCGUCCCAUUCAUGGAGUUUCUGCUUCCUGUUGCACUGAAACUUUUCCCUAACAUGUUGCCGUCCACCUUUGAGACACAGUCCAAAAAGGAGGAAAGACUAAAGAAGGAGCUGAGAGUGAAGUUAGAGAUGGCCAAGUUCUUGCAGGACACAAUUGAGGAGAUUGCACUAAGAAACAAAGCAGCCAAAGGCAACGUGACCGAGGAGUUCUCCACUUUCUUUCAGAAGAUCCGUGACUCAGGAGAGAGACCCAGUAAUGAGGAGAUCAUACGUUUCUCUAAGCUGUUUGAAGAUGAACUGACCUUAGAUAACCUGACACGGCCGCAGCUGGUGGCUCUGUGCAAGCUGCUGGAGCUGCAGUCCAUCGGCACCAACAAUUUCUUGCGCUUUCAGCUCAUCAUGAAACUCCGAGCCAUCCGUGCAGACGACAAGCUGAUAGCAGAGGAAGGAGUGGACAGUCUGAAUGUGAAUGAGCUGCAGGCAGCAUGUCGUGUGAGAGGGAUGAGAGCUCUGGGUGUGACGGAGGAGAGACUCAGAGAGCAGCUUAAACAGUGGUUGGAGCUUCACCUCAAUCAGCACAUCCCCACAUCUCUGCUGCUGCUGUCCCGAGCUAUGUUCCUGCCAGACACGCUGUCCCCUGCGGACCAGCUUAAAACCACACUACAGAACCUGCCAGAGAUUGUGACUAAAGAGGCGCAGGUGAAGGUGGCAGAGCUGGACUUCUCUAAAGUGGAUAACAAAACCAAGCUGGAGGCCACGCUACAGGAAGAGGCAGCUAUCCAGCAGGAAAACAGAGAGCGGGAGCUGGAGAGACUGGCUGAUGCUGCAGAGAAGGAAAAGGAACAGGCCGCGCGGGAGGCUGAGGUGGUGGAGUUGGAAGCAGAACGACAGGUGGAUGCAGAGCAUGCUCUCUCCAGUGUAGACGUGGCCAUCCAUUCAGAAACACUACGAGAUACUGCACCGGUGCUGGAGGGUAUUAAGGGGGAGGAGAUCACUAAAGAGGAGAUUGACAUGCUGAGUGAUGCCUGCACCAAACUGAAGGAGCAGAAGAAUCUCCUCACCAAAGAGAAAGAGGAGCUGGAGGACCUGAAGGAUGAUGUGCAGGAGUACAGCGAGGACCUGGAGGAGAUCAAGCGAGAGCUGUCCAAAACAGGACAGGAGAAAGUGGUGGAGGAGUCUAAAGCAAGCCAGCUUCUGUCGAAGCGGGUCAACCGCAUGAUCGGCAGAAUGGAUAAGAUCAUCACUGAGCUGGAGAAGGACAAGAUAGUGCUAGAUGGACAGAUGGACAGUGAGACUACACCACCAAUUGGAUUGUUCUUUGAGAAACAUAGUGACUUGCCAAGGGAGAAUCUGAUAAGCAUCAACGAGCUCAUUGCAGUCAUGAAGCAGAUCCAGAACAUCCCUGAACACAAGCUGCUCAGCAUCGCAGACGCACUCGAUGAAAACAAAGAUGGCAAGAUAGACAUUGAUGACGUCUUAAAGGUGGUAGAGCUGAUCGAUAAGGAGGACAUCGAUAUCUCCACCAACCAGGUGGCAGAGAUCAUGGUGAUGCUGCAGAAGGAGGAGAAGCUGUUGGAGAAAGAGAAAGCCAAGGAGAAGGUCGAGAAGGAGCAGGCAGCUAAAAUCCAAAACUAGACUUUCCGUGUAGGGAAUGGAAAAGAUCCUGAAGCUUUUGAAGAUUUUCAAGUUCAUUAAUAUGUGUUAAGAAGCUUCAGAAUGAGACUGAAAACAUUGCUGACCUCCCAUAUUGAUUAAUGUGUGUGUAUAUUUAGAACAAACUUUGCUUUGUUCAAGGAAGACUGUUGUAAAAAUUAAUGAACUAAGACGUUUAUUUAUUAAUAACAUUACAAAAGUAAUGCACUACGGAGCCUUACACAUGACAUACAGAAAACAAUAGAAAUCAUGGCCACAAAUUAAAAAUUAGUUCCCUUGUUUUAGGUAAAUAAUCCCCACAAUCUAACUUAAUUAAAAGGAGGCAACUAAGUAGUACAAUUUAACUAAGAAACAAAUUAAGUCAUGCAAACAAAUUCUUAAUUCAUGUCCAUCAUAUCGUUUAUUAGUCAUGUGCGAGGCACCGAAAGAAAAUUUGUUCAUUUAUUCUCAAAAAGACCCUCUUAAAGAUGAAAUGUUUUAUUUCUGGCACAAAACAGAAACGUUUGUUUGAGCGGCCUUGUUGAGCUGGACAUUACAACAUCAGCUCAACCAAUAGCAUGAGUUUGAGGUGGAACUAUCUUUGUGUAACAGAAAUUGCGCACUUCAGCUGUAAGAUGCAAAAAUGUAUUAAUUUAAUUAUUCUCAUAAUCUAACGCCCUGGCAGUGAUGUCAUUUCCUGUGAUCUGAGGACAUCUCCUCUCUUUGCACAUCACAUCACCUUUUCACCAUCAUUCCAUUACUCAUCCAGUUUUAUUCUGUUGUAAUUUUAUUUAUUUUCAGUUCACAGUCUUUGAGAUUGUUUAUUCAAUAACCAAAGAAGCUUUGUUUCAGACGUCAUGCUUCAUACAUAUACUUGUACAAGCCACCAAGCACUGUGGCUUUGUAUCACAGCAAAAGUCUGAAGUAGUAUUGGGACGUAUCCCUUCAGCACUUGAGCUUUAUUCAGGGCAGAAGCUUUUGCGCGGACUUGAAUAUGGUGGCUGAGACAAAUUUGAUUUAUUUAGCUCCUAUCCUGAAUUGAUUUCAGCAUCAAAUUUACAUUGUGGCCUUCAGUAAUCAAAAUCCCUUGUCCAAAGUAAACUCAAGGGAUUAACUUGAGAUAGCUGUAUAAAUAUGUACCAGUUCAUCAUUGCUAGUAUUUGCAUUGUAUACUAACAGUAAAUAUCAGUCUCUGUUAGCUAGUUUGGGCUAAUGAUAGAUGAAGUGUGUUUGUGGAUGUUUGUAUGUGCUGGGAACUUGAAAGGGAAAAGAUGGAGGUCAGUGCAGACAGAAUCAGGGUACGGCUCAGCCUACAGUCUUUAAGUGACCUGGAUCAUCCCUCUCUCCUUACAUGGAGAGAGCGGCAGCAGUUCUCAUAGCAGAGCACCUACAGUAACUGGAAUGUGUCGAUCAGCAUGAGACUCGCACACUCACUGGAGUCUGGUAGCAUAGUUUCACAGGGCACAUAAGGCAGGGAAUACAUCAUCUUAACCCUAAACAUGUCAUAGUGAGGGACCAGCAUGUCUAACCUCAAAACACUGUUCCUGUGCUGUGUCUCAGACAGAGAGUCUGAGUGCCAUUUCACAUUGUGUCCCUUAAAAGGAUAGUUCACCCAGAAAUUAAAAUUCGGUCAUUAUUUGUUUACCCCCUUAUGUAUGAUCUCUUUUUAUUAUGUAGAACACAAAAUUAGAUGUUUAACAGAAUGUUCAUGCUGCUCUUUUCCAUUCAAGAGAAAAGAAGUCAUAAAUGUUUAUAACCACAUGAGGGUGAGAAAGUGUUAACAGAAUUUUUAAUUUUGGGUGAAUUUUUGGUAACUUACCUAGGGGCCCCUAACUACAGUAACGGCAUUUAGGCUUAUGAUCGAAAACGUCCACGUUUGUGUUUUUUAGAGCAAGUAUUUUAUGCUGACGUGUAAUUGCACUAUAAUUAUUGAGAGCUUUAUUUUUGGCGUGUUGAUCUAGACUCAGGAAAAUGCAUGUAAUGUCUGAUUGCACACCGAGAGAUAUUUUGAGGAAACGUCCACUUGGAUUUUUAAAGUGGUAGAGGGGACUAAGUGACUAUUGUGGAAAAGUAUAAAGAUACCUUACUUAUUGUGUUUUGUUUUGCAAUUUUAAAUUGAGUUUUCAGAUUCAUUCAGAACAGAUGGUGCAUGUGCACAUGUAAGUGACCACAGAUGGAAGAGAGUAAAGAUAGUGAUUUAAUUGCCCUUGGAGCCUAAUUUACUGCUUAAGCUAAUUGAAAUGUAUUUGAUUUAUUUUAUAUUCUCCCCUUUCAAGGCCUGUACAUUGUCUUUCAUGGUAUUUUUUUUUUUUUUUUUUUUUUUUUUUGACCGUCCUGUAUUUUAGAAGGUUCAAAACCCAAAUACUGUUACGCUAGUUAACUAAAUAAUUGGUGAAAAUUAGAGUGGUAUGUGCAAAAAAGGACAAAAAUAAGAAUUUUAUUUUAUUGUUCGUACUACCUAUGUAAAUAUACCAUUUACAUACAAGUGGUUACAAAGUCAAAUAAAAUGAACUGAUUUUAAGUUGUAAA